AUGUCAACUUCCAGGCUUCUCAAUGGCCUAUCAGGCCUUAGACUUGAAGACCAACAAUCUCUCUCACAGUUUGGGCAGGGCUCACAUCAACAAGUCCCUCACAUGACAGUUCAUGAAGCGUUUGAAAGCACUGUUAACACCAACCCUGAUUCGAUUGCAGCAGUCUUCGAGCAAGCGACUUUGAGCUACCAACAGCUAGAUAAUGCAGCAAACCAAUUAGCCAACCAUCUCCUCUUUUCGGGCCUACGCCCGAGAGAACGCGUGUGCCUUGUCGUUUCAAGGUCACUGGAGAUGCUUGUUGGCUUGAUGGCUAUCCUGAAAGCAGGUUGCCAAUAUGUUCCAGUCGACGGUGGCGUAGCUUCAGACAAACAGAUGGCUCAUAUAUUCACCGACACAGCAGCGCGCCACAUCUUGUGCCUGCCCAAAUUCCAGGGCCGAGUCAGGCAGUUUGCCAACACGAAGGCUCACAUCACGCUGCUGAGCUUGGCAAACCCUUUCGAUACAUCCGUCGAGAGACCCACGGUCAAAUCCGGCCGAGCAGACGGUUGCUACGCCAUUUACACAUCGGGAAGCACCGGAAUACCAAAAGGCGUAGAUGUCUCGCAUGGCAAUGUCACCAAUGCCCUGUUGCUGGAGCCUGCAAAUCUUGGGAUCAGGCAUGGAUCCAAAGUUGGAUCUGUGCUGAGUAUCGCUUUUGACAUGGGUGCAUGGGAGAUCCUUGCCUGCCUGAUGAAUGGUGGGACUCUGUACAUGAGAGGAUCCAACUGGGAGACUACCUUGAAAAAGAUCGAUACUCUGAUUUCCACACCUUCCAUUCUGUCCAAGUAUCGAAAAGCCGACUACCCGAACAUUAAAACAAUUGUGACUGGCGGCGAGCCAUGUCCACAGAGGUGA